ACUUCCUCAGGUGAGGUCAUAGAUAUCAUGUCUACCAGGAUCAACAACUCAGAGGUGACUGAGUUCAUCCUAGUGGGAUUUCCGGGCUCCCUGGGACUCCGCUUGAGCCUGCUGGGGCUGUUCCUGCUGGCCUACAUGCUGACUGUCACAGAGAACCUGGUCAUCAUCACAGUGAUACGUGCCAGCCCUUCAUUGCACAAGCCUAUGUAUCUCUUCCUCAGUAACCUGUCCUUCCUGGAGGUGUGGUACAUCUCUGUCACUGUGCCCAAGAUGUUGCUCAGCCUGGUCUCACCUAAAUUCCAGCACAUCUCCUUCACAGGCUGCAUGGCACAGCUGUAUUUCUUCCUGGCACUGGCCUGUACUGAGUGUGCACUCCUGGGUGUCAUGGCCUAUGACCGCUAUGUAGCCAUCUGCAACCCCCUGCGCUACCCAGCUAUCAUGAGCCCUGGCCUCUGCAGCCUCCUGGCUGCCAGCUCCUGGUUCUCUGGCUUCACCAUCUCCCUGGGGAAGGUCUUUUUUAUCUCUCGCCUAGGUUAUUGUGGCCCCAACAUCAUGAACCACUUCUUCUGUGACGUGUCCCCACUGCUGAACCUUGCCUGUUCUGACAUGUCAGUCGCAGAGCUUGUUGACUUCCUCCUGGCGCUGCUCAUUCUGCUGGGGCCACUGAUACUCACUGUCUUCUCCUACAUAGCCAUCCUCAGCACUGUGCUGCAUAUGCCAUCUGCUGAUGGCAGACAGAAGGCCUUCUCCACCUGUGCCUCACACUUGGCUGUCGUGGUCAUCUUCUAUUCUGCCUCUCUCUUCAUCUAUGCUAGGCCACGUGCCAUCUACUCUUUUGACUACAACAAGCUUGUGUCAGUGGUCUACACAGUGCUCACACCCCUGGUCAACCCAAUCAUCUACUGCCUAAGGAACCAGGAGGUCAAGCAGUCCCUGCACAUGGUGCUGCAGUGGGUAGCCCAGGCACUGGGAGCUUCCUCCUAGGAGAACCCAUCUAUCUCCAACCCCUCCCAGCCCCAUACCUGCUCACCACUUCA